AUGCCCAAAGAGGUUGUGUACACUCUAGACGCCGUCCCUCCCCUCAAGACCUUCUCUCAGGCCAUCAUAUCUAAAGGGUUCGUGUACGUCUCAGGCAACAUUGGAUGUACAAAGGAUUUCCAGAUCGUUGAGGGCGGAGUGCAGGGGCAAACAGUUGCUGCCCUUGAAAGUAUUCGCAGCAUUCUCCAUGCUGCAGGAUCUGGACUCCAACACGUUGUGAAAGCGAACGUCUAUCUCACCAAUCUGACGGCGGAUUUUUCUGAAAUGAACAGAGCGUAUAUGGCGUUCUUCGAUGAACAGGCGAUGCCUGCGAGGACUUGCAUCGGUGUAGCUUCCCUUCCGCUGGGCGCAAGCGUCGAGAUCGAGUGUGUAGCAGAACUUCCAGACGCCUGA